CCAUAGUAGUAAAGUAAUAAUAAAGUAAAGUAAUAUAUCUCUAGAUUCUCUUCCCUCUCAAAAGGGAGACAUAUUUAACUAGAAUAUAUUACAAAUUUUCGUAUUUCACCUUACCAGGUGUCCCUUGUAUUCAAAGAUUUUGUUUACCCGGUGUAUUAACCUAAUUGUUAUUAUUAUUAUUGUUAUUACUCUCACUAAUUACUAGUAGUAGGAGACAAGGAGUAGUAUUCUUCCUUUUUGAUUUUGAUGAUUGCAAAGUUACAAUUCUUGGGAGAGUUUUCGCAUGUGAUAAUCGGAUAUGAGGCGCAAUUUUUAAGACAGAAGAAACCAUAUUUCUAUUCAAAGAUCGAACUUUGGUACUCUCCUCCUCGAAUUCACAAGCAUUGAUCGAGCUUUGAGCUUUCUCAUAUGGAUAAAAGUGAUGAAUGUUGUUCAACUCACCUCAUUGAUGGGGAUCGGAUAUUCAAUGUUACUGGACUUGAGAACUUCUCGAAGGAAGUUAAACUGGCAGAGUGCGGUCUUUCAUAUGCUGUAGUAUCCAUUAUGGUCCCACAAAGUAGUGGGAAGAGUACGCUGUUAAAUCAUCUUUUCUUUACCAACUUCAGAGAGAUGGAUGCUUACAAGGGAAGGUCACAAACCACGAAAGGUAUUUGGAUGGCUUGAUGUGCUGGAAUUGAGCCUUGCACCCUUGUUAUGGAUUUAGAGGGCACUAAUGGAUGACACUGCAUUUGAAAAACAGAGCGCCCUGUUUGCACUUGCUGUUUCCGAUAUAGUGCUAAUCAACAUGUGGUGUCACGACAUUGGCCGUGAGCAAGCUGCAAAUAAACCUCUUUUGAAGACUGUUUUCCAGGUCAUGAUGCGGUUAUUUAGUCCUCGUAAAACGACAUUGAUGUUUGUUAUACGUGAUAAAACAAGGACUCCACUUGAGAAUUUGGAGCCUGUACUACGGGAAGAUAUUCAAAAGAUUUGGGAUUCCGUCCCAAAGCCGCAAGCUCACAAGGAAACACCUUUAAGCGACUUCUCUUAUGUGAGUCUCAUUAUGAUCUGUCCUAACCUUCUUACUCUCUCUUUUAUGUCUAUGCAUGUUCAUGUAAUGAAAUCGAUUGACAUUCCGGGUCGAGGUUGUGCCUCUUUCUAGUUAUGAAGAAGGAAGAACAAUUCAAAGAACAGGUAUGAUGCUGACGCUACUUUCUUUGAUGAUGGAGUAAGAUCCACAAAACGGAAGCAGUUGGAAGAGAAAUUGCUGCAGCUUGUCCAAGAAGCGUACCAAUCUAUGCUGGGACACGUAAGAUCUCGUACUUCGGAAAGAUUCAAAGAAGCAUUUGAUAAGGCACUAAAGGGAGGUAAAGGGUUUGCUGUGGCUGCUCAGGACUGCACCGAGUUUUUUAUGUCCCACUUCAAUGAAGAAUGUGCAGAUGCUGUUAUUGGGCAAGCAAAUUGGGAUCCCUCUAGAAUAAGGGAUAAGCUCAAGCGUGAUGCAGAUGCUCAUAUUGCUGAAGUUCGUAGUGCCAAGCUGGCUGAAGUUACAACCCUCUAUGAGACAAAAUCGAACGAGGCAUUAGCUGGACCUGUUGAGGCUCUUUUAGAUGGAGCUGGUGAUGAUACAUGGCCAGCGAUAAGAAAGCUGCUUCAGCGUGAGACUGAAACCGGAGUCUUGGGUUUCUCUACUGCACUUUCUGAUUUUGAAAUGGAUGAACAAGCUAGAGAUAAUAUGGUUUCAAGACUGAAGGAUUAUGCACAGGGAGUAGUUGAAGCAAAGGCAAAGGUAGAAGCUGGAAGGGUUUUGGUUCGCAUGAAGGAUAGGUUUUCAACAUUAUUUAGUCAUGAUUCUGACUCAAUGCCACGAGUCUGGACUGGAAAAGAAGAUAUCCGAGCAAUUACCAAAACUGCUAGAUCAGCUUCUCUGAAGUUCCUGUCAGUUAUGGCUGCGAUUCGCUUGGAAGAUGAAGGUGAUAGUAUAGAGAAGACACUAGCCCUUGCUCUUGUGGACGGAAAAUCAGGUGCUUCCACCUCAGAGAGCUCCACAUCUGUUGAUCCUCUAGCCUCUAGCCUCUAUCAAUCUCAAUGGAGAAUCCGGGAACUGACUUACCACACUCACAGGAAAGGAAAUUUCAGGUCUAGUCACUGUAAGGUCCCCGCAUUGAAAACUUUGAUCACACCUGUCCAGUGCAAGUCUUUGUGGAGGCAAUUUAAAUCUGAGACUGAAUAUACUGUUACACAAGCCAUUGCUGCUCAGGAGGCUAGCAGGAGAAGUAACAAUUGGUUACCACCUCCUUGGCCAACUGUUGCCUUGGUUGUUUUGGGUUUCAAUGAAUUCAUGACACUUUUAAGAAAUCCUUUGUAUUUGGGAGUUAUAUUUGUUUCUUUUCUACUACAGAAAGCCCUUUGGGUGCAAUUGGACAUCUCCUGUGAACUCCGCAAUGGUGCUAUUCCUGGACUUCUCUCUUUAUCCACAAAGUUCCUUCCUACUGUCAUGAACCUUCUUAGACGACUAGCAGAACAAGGACAAAAGCAGGCAAAUGGCGAACCGCAACGAAAUCCUGCCCCUGCAUCAAACAGUUUCAGCGGUAGCCCUAAUGAUCAUAGUGCUGUAUCAUCAAGUGCUUCCUAUAACGUGACUUCUUCCAAAAAUGGAGCAGAAUACUCUAGCCCCUCUAUACAUGAUAAAACGAAGUAAAUAUAGAGCAGUCUUAUUCUAUUUCAUAAGAACAAGCUUUCAUGCUCACACGGAUGUGGUAUCGUGCACAAUUCUGCUCAUGGCUUCCACCUUAGAGGCAAGCAUGUAAAGAUUCAGAAACUGAAGGCACUGGUUCUUGUGUAGGACAUGUAUACUGGCAGCGACUUGAGGUGAAUGAGGUCCCCUCUUAAAGUAGAUUUUCUUUCUCUCUCUUUUUUCUUUUCCCUUCUUCUGCCCCCUGCUAUAGCUUCCUUUUUAUAUAUCAUUUACCUUUCUUAUCUGGUUUUGAGGAGAGGCAAGAGAGGUAGGAUUUUGGUCUAUUUUCAGUUAUCUUCAAGAGCAACCACGUUGCCAUUGUUAGGCUCUGAUACUGGUACUAAUAUCCUUCAUAUCUGUUUACUUAACUAACUUUUUCUGCCCUUUCUUUUAGUAAAAUUUUCCUUGAAA